AUGGGGAGGAGGCGCGAGGACUGGCGAUACGGUCCUCGGCCGCUCGAACUCCCCCGCGAUCAUCCCCUUCCCCCGCCCCUCCCUCCCCCGGACUUCAGCCGGCCCCCACCUCCCUGGCUCCUCCCGCGCCCGCCGCCCGGAUGCCCGCCCCCGCCCCCGCCCCGGGGAUGGCGCGGCCUCGAUGGGUCGUGGCGCGACCUCGUCCGAUGGCCCCCGCGCCGCGCCGGCCCCGGACGCGAGAAACCUCGAGACGGAGACCCCGCGCUCCGGGGAUAUCUGCCGUGGCGUCGCGACGGGGACGGGCGUCGCGACGGGGACGAAGGGUGCGACGACGGUUGGGACGAAGAAGAGCGUCCGGGGGGGGGCGCGGGCGCGUUCGCGCGGGACGAUGAUCUCGCGCACGCGGACGACGACGGCGACGUCUGGCUCCCCGGAGAGGAUGAGAUCAUCGUCCCGGAGGAGCACGAGGGCUUCCAGAUGAGCGAGGAGUGGCUCGCGCUGUUCGCCGCGACCGAGAGGCGAAGGGAGGCGAAGGUGCGCGAAAGGCGAAGGGAGGCGAGGCGGCGGGAACGGCCCAAGGUGCCCGCCGCGGAGGUCGCCGAGGCUAAGGUGGCCGCCAUCAUCGCCGCGCGGCGCGCGGCGGAGGCGAACGAUGACGGCGGCGGCGGCGCGUCGGUCGACGAACGGGGGGGAGCGCACAGCUGUGAGCAGGGAGGGGUAGACGGGACUGAAACGUACGGAACGGAAGGCGCGGCGCGAGUGGCGGCGCUGGAGGCUGAGCUCAACGCCGCGUUCGACGCCAUCGUGGACGCUCGCAAGCCCCGGCACUGGCCAGCCAUAGCGCUCAACCAGCCAUAG